AUGUGGUUCGUCCUGGGCCGGGGCUGGCGGCGUUGGGCCACCCGGCCUGCGGGAAUGGGGCGGCCUGGGCUGUAUUGCACUCGCAGCCUCAGGGCUGCUCCCCAACUCUGGGCUUCAGCCCGGCUCUACAGCUCUGCAGACCGCAAGGAAAAAAUUGACAUAUCUACAUUUCCUGUAGAAAAUAUUAGAAAUUUCAGUAUAAUUGCGCAUGUGGAUCAUGGAAAAAGUACUUUAGCUGACAGGCUCCUGGAACUAACAGGGACAAUUGAUAAAACAAAGAAUAAUAAGCAAGUUCUUGAUAAAUUGCAAGUGGAACGAGAAAGAGGCAUCACAGUUAAAGCACAGACGGCAUCUCUUUUUUAUAACUGGAAAGGAAAGCAGUACCUUUUAAAUCUCAUCGAUACCCCUGGCCAUGUUGAUUUUAGUUAUGAAGUAUCCAGGUCACUCUCUGCUUGCCAGGGUGUUUUACUUGUGGUUGAUGCAAAUGAGGGUAUUCAAGCCCAAACAGUUGCAAAUUUUUUUCUUGCCUUUGAAGCACAGCUAACAGUAAUUCCAGUUAUAAACAAGAUAGAUUUGAAGAAUGCUGAUCCUGAAAGGGUAGAAAAGCAUAUUGAAAAGGUGUUUGAUAUUCCAAGUGAUGAGUGUAUUAAGAUAUCUGCUAAACUUGGAACAAAUGUUGAAAGUGUUCUUCAGGCAGUCAUUGAAAGAAUACCCCCUCCUAAAGUACAUUGCAAAAAUCCUCUGAGAGCUUUGGUAUUUGACUCCACCUUUGACCAGUAUAGGGGUGUGAUAGCCAAUGUAGCAUUAUUUGAUGGAGUGGUUUCCAAAGGAGAUAAAAUUGUGUCUGCACAUACGCAAAAGACCUAUGAAGUUAAUGAAGUAGGAAUUCUGAAUCCUAAUGAACAGCCAACUUAUAAAUUGUAUGCGGGACAGGUGGGCUAUCUGAUUGCUGGGAUGAAAGAUGUCACUGAAGCACAAAUAGGAGAUACAUUUUAUUUACAUAAGCAACCAGUGGAGCCCUUGCCUGGGUUUAAAUCAGUGAAACCAAUGGUAUUUGCAGGCAUGUAUCCCAUUGACCAGUCUGAAUAUAAUAAUCUGAAGAGUGCUAUAGAAAAACUGACUUUAAACGAUUCCAGUGUAACAGCUUAUAGGGAUAGUAGCCUUGCUCUAGGCGCUGGAUGGAGGCUGGGAUUUCUUGGACUCUUGCAUAUGGAAGUUUUCAACCAGCGACUAGAGCAAGAAUAUAAUGCUUCUGUAAUUUUGACAGCUCCCACUGUUCCAUAUAAAGCUGUUCUUUCAUCAGCAAAAUUGAUAAAGGAAUACAGAGCAAAAGAAAUUACGAUCAUCAAUCCUGCACAAUUUCCUGAUAAAUCAAAAGUAACAGAAUAUUUGGAACCAGUUGUUUUGGGUACUAUAAUCACACCAGAUGAGUAUACUGGAAAAAUAAUGAUGCUCUGCGAGGCUCGAAGAGCAGUUCAGAAGAAUAUGAUGUAUAUUGAUCAAAACAGAGUCAUGCUUAAAUAUCUCUUGCCUUUGAAUGAAAUUGUGGUGGAUUUUUAUGAUUCUUUGAAAUCUCUGUCUUCUGGAUAUGCUAGCUUUGAUUAUGAAGAUGCAGGAUACCAGGUUGCAGAACUUGUAAAAAUGGAUAUUCUACUGAACGGAAACAUUGUAGAAGAGCUAGUAACUAUUGUACACAAAGACAAAGCACAUUCCAUUGGCAAAGUCAUAUGUGAACGUCUAAAGGAUUCUCUUCCUAGGCAACUGUUUGAAAUAGCAAUUCAAGCUGCUAUUGGAAGUAAAAUUAUUGCAAGAGAAACUGUGAAAGCCUACAGAAAAAAUGUUUUGGCAAAAUGUUAUGGUGGUGAUAUUACUCGGAAAAUGAAACUUUUGAAGAGACAAGCUGAAGGAAAGAAAAAACUGAGGAAAAUUGGCAACAUUGAAGUUCCAAAAGAUGCUAUUAUAAAAGUUCUGAGAACACAACCUAAAAAAUAAUUGCUAGAAAAAUACAAAGAAUUUUCAUAAAUAAAAUGUUUGCAUCUUUUUUUAAUAUUUAGAUUAGCAGUAAGUGAGAAUUAUGAAAACGGGCUUUUAUUU